AUGCAGCGGAGUAACUUGAUCACGUCUCAGCAGGCUGUCGCCCCCGGAGUCAUGAUCCGAUCAUCCACAGCUGGAUCCCACCCCAGUACGUUUGCUGCAGCCUUGUCUGUGUCGAAGAAUGCGAAAGACGUUAUUGCUGUAGCCACUACAGCAACGACUGGGCAUACACGACGUCCCUGGAGGAAUGGCUUCCUCCCAUUCUUGCGAUAUCUUCCCCUCGACGAUAGAUCUCGUGGUUUUUCCCAUCUCAAGAUGGAGCAGUUGACAAGGAGAGGUGUAUUUAACACACGUAACGAGUCGUACACGUAUAGUCAUUAA